GCCGCUGUACACGGCGGGGACAGGCGGGGCAGUCUUGCUGCAUCCGGGUACUCCAGUCGCUCCUGGUUUCGCCGUACCCGUCUCCACGAGCUCGGUGGAGUAUGUUCUCCAGGGCCCAGGUGAGGCGGGUUCUGCAGCGGGUGCCCGGGAAGCAGAGAUUCGGCAUCUACAGGUUCCUGCCCUUCUUUUUUGUCCUGGGAGGAACGAUGGAGUGGAUCAUGAUUAAAAUGCGCGUGGGCCAGGAGACCUUCUAUGAUGUCUACCGUAGAAAAGCCUCAGAAAGACAAUAUCAGAGAAGGCUGGAAGAAAAAUGAGACUGAACUUCAGCUAUCAAUAAAAAUUCAACUUAAACCAUGGGUACAUUCUCCAUUGCAAGCUCAUUUAAACCAGGAUAAUGAUACAGAUUACAUUUCUACCAGCUACCGUUUUAAAAACUUUUUUCUAGGAUGAUGGGAAUUCCUGACAAAACACAUUACUUAUGCUAGUGCUCUUGGGAACAAAAAUAAGCCCCUCCCUUGCCUGGCUCCUCUAACAUACCAGGACCUCCAUGAGGACUGUGGGCAACAGGCUUCACACCAUUCUGUGAUGGAGAUGUUGCUCUUUCAUCCAGCUGGUAAAGACCACGGCAACUGCUCCUUCCGUAAGUGAAUCUACACAAGGUAUAGGCACUGAGUAUCCAUAUACACCGAGUAUCCUUGUUAAUGAUCUCUGCCACAUAGUCUCCUGAAACUUUCUAGAGCGUUUUUUCUAAUUUAAGUUAGUCCACUUAUGUUAGAACCAAAUUCAGUAAAGAACCACUAACUACUCAGAUAUUAAAGCACUAUCCACAGCAAGCCCAGAGUCAUGUCUGGGAGAAGGCUUGAAUGUGAAGGCCAAUAAUAACCAAUGCGAGGGAGAGGACCGUGAUUCACUGUAUUCUCAUGCCCAGUUGUGUCAUCUAGGAUCCGGUGAACCUAAUCUUAUAGAUAUACGAUAAGGCUGCUGUAUAAGAAAACUGUGAUAUGAUUCAAUUACAUAGCUAUAUUCCAUAUCCCCCUUGCCCACCCCCAGUUUUAGAAGUUUAAUAUUAGAUACACAUAGAGAAUUGUAACACACAUAUUUUACAAAUAAUAAUAAACACUAAUAAAA